CUUGCCUAUAAAAGGGAAUCGUAGCCUUCUUCAAAGCUGAAAAUAUGUUUAAAAUAGUUUUAAUAAAUAGUUCUAAAAAAAGAAAAGAAGAAGAAGAAAGCAAGCAAGGAAGAAGAUGGGUCUUCCAUACACUAUGGCUCUUUGGUUUCAGCUUCUACUUUUGAUGUGUGGCAGUGGGAUACAUGGUGUGAAGGAUUUGAGGGAAAAACAAGGGGAUGCUCAACUUGUUAGAAAGGUGGAGGAUAAAUAUUCUCUUGUUUCUAAUAUAGGACAUCCUGCAGCUGAGGAGUCAUCUUCUCAAGUUGGUAAGCAGCUGGAGGAUAUAUAUUCUAGUGUUUCUGUGUUGGUGGACAAAAGUACUAAGUUGUCUUCUGAUCAACUUGCUAAAGAGGUGGAGGAUAAAUAUUCCAGAAUUGCUGCCUGGAAACCUUUUGUUGGCAAAACUCCCCAAUCAUCUUCUCAACUUGCUAAGGAGCUGGAGGAUAAAUAUUCUAGAAUUGCUGCCUGGAAACCUUUUGUUGACAAAACUCCCCAAUCAUCUUCUCAACUUGCUAAGGAGCUGGAGGAUACAUAUUCUGCUCUAUCUGGUUAAAAUAUUCCUUCUCAACCCUCCUCUUCUCCAUAUGUUAAUUAGUUCCUUCAUAAAUAUUCUACUAUUAUUGGAAUGUAAUUCCACUUAAUGUGUGAAUUUGUAUGGUAUCUUUUUUACUUUCUUUCAACUUUGCAUCUAUUUAGUAAAUAUUAAUAAGGUUAAAUUUUGUUAUUA